AUGACGCCUGGGCGGAUUCAGCCGGGAACGAAGGCGACAAAGCCACUCGGAGGCAAGCCAUUCCAUUCGCUGAUGCUGGUCCUCGUUUCUCUUCAGCUCGCUCAAAACAUGGUACAAAGGCUGGGCGUCUUUUGGAGGUACUGCGUGCAUACGUACAAGAAUCCAUCCUCGCGCCGACAUUCGCUCCAACUUCCAGGAGAGGAUCAUAGUGCGAGUCCGGAGACUGAUGGCCAAAUGGCAAAUGCUCCAGGACGGCGACAAAAGUCUGUAGACGCGAGGCAUAUUCUACGGGCUGGCGUUUAUCGUGAUCACCAAACGGCGACGAGCGACAGGCCGACUUUGGCCAUGCUCUCUGAAAUCAGGGCUGUUAUGACCCCGGCACCACUAAGCAGAUACUCGGGCAUGCUAUCUCGCGUACACAGCCUCGGACAUCAAGCUGGCCUGGAGGCAUGGAACUUCGACUCCGAUCCCAGAGCGACCACGAAAGUGUAUGUGGAAGCGAGGGAUUUGCUGUAUUGGGCUCCUCUAUAUAUGUCUACACUGUCUAGCUGGCACUCGGGCAACUCACCGCCGUCUGGUCUCGAGCAUCGAACGUAG